AUGGCUCGGGGCAGCUAUUUUGCAGCGUUCGUUUUCUUCGCCUUAAGUACGGGCGUGUGUGCACAAUUUUAUGAUUUGUUCCAAGCAUUGCAGCCUCUGGUGCAAUCUUACCCCACCUUCGCGGAGGUUUCCACCUACGACAACAGAUACACGACAAAACGACCAAAAACAGCCAGCAGGCACCGAACAACCGGCCACAAUGAAGCAAACCACAGUAACAGAGAAAGUUCUAUUAAUUUCAGCGAUGAUGGUUCGGCAAGAGAUGAUCCAAGAAAGAAGCAAAAGCAAACUGCCGCACCAGACUUUGAUACCUCCUACUUAUUUUCUACUCCUAAACCUAGUAGAAAAACUACUAAAAAUAAUACUAGUCAUAAGACAAUAGAUACAAUUGGAAGUCCUAAAGCACCAUCUCGCGGUUCGUCAAGAACAUCAGCUAGAGAAGUAGCAAGUGCCCCGAAAGAAGUUUCUAGAGGAAACAGUCGAACCAGUGGAUCUACAAGAACAGUCUUUAAUGAACCAGUUGUAAUACAGAACGCAUUUAAUAACGAAAACAUAAGAAGUGAUAAGAGGAAAUACAACGAAGGAAUUAUCACGGACUAUUACACCACAAGACCAAACUACGAGAGUAGCACGAGACCAAAUUACAACAGUCAGCAAAACAACAAUUACAACAAAGGAUCUAAGAACAACAAUCAUAACGCGUAUACCACACAAACCCCUUUCUACAACAGGCCUGGAGUCAGACCAGCGUCAGUUGAUGAUAGACAGCCUCCCAUCACGAAUAAACCACCAACCAGAAAACCGAUAUACGAAGUCCCAAAACCAAUAGAAGCAGGCCCCGUAAAAUUUCCAGCCGACACGGGAAUUUCAUCAGAACUGAUUAUUGGACCUGAUGAAGACAAUAUGAGUGAUGUUGAAAAAAGGCGAUACGUAGAACUGUCUGAGAGAAUGUGCGACAAAUACAAGAAUCUGAACACGAAGCAACUCCAAGCGAUUCCUCUAGUGCCGUCACCAGAGCCUGUCCAGAUUAACGUGUCCUCCUGUGUGCCCUCUAACAUCCCCCUCGUGGUGGGAGGGAAGGUUGUGUCUAUAAAGGAGUUUCCCCACAUGGCGCUGAUUGGCUGGUUAAAGUUGCAGUCCAGCGGCUACGCGUGGAGAUGUGGUGGAUCUCUAGUCAGUAACCAGUUUGUUUUGACAGCGGCACAUUGCGCCUAUGAAGAGAGAGAUAACAGUAUUGUCAUGGGAACACCCAAGGUUGUACAGUUGGGUUCCUCCUACCUGGACGAUCCUGGGGCGUUGGUGGUGAAGGUGUCAGCUGUGAUCCGACACCCCAAGUACAAGCAGCCCAGGUCGUACUACGACAUCGCACUGAUCAAAUUAGCGAACCCAGUAUCCUUUUCGGAGGUGAUCAAGCCAGCGUGCCUCGGAGUGCCGCCACCACCACGCGAGUCGGUCAUCACUACAGGAUGGGGCAGGACUGAAUUUGGUGGCGAUCAAUCCCUCGAGCUCCGGAGCGUCUCGGUCCACGUAUGGGACAUAGAUGAGUGCUACAGCGUGCUGGGCAAGUCGAGGAAACUUCCAAACGGGCCGUCCAGUGACAGCCAGGUGUGUGCUGGUGAGAGGAAAGGGGGCAAGGACACGUGUCAGGGUGACUCUGGCGGACCAGCACAAGUCCAAGAUGGCUGCGUUUGGCGCGUUGUGGCUGUCACAUCACUUGGUCGUUCAUGUGGCGCUCCUAAUACUCCCGCUCUCUACGCAAUAGUGCAACGAGCGUUUGUCUCUGCUGUUAUAUACGGUGGACAAACAACUCCAAUAUACAACAGACAAACAUCAAGUAGUAAUAAUAAAGGCACGAUAAGCAACAACAAUUAUCAAAACAACGCAAACAAUAAUCAACAAUAUAGCGGCAACGACAACAGACGCACGACAGAAAAACCGGGCUUCGCAACUUAUACCAACAAUCAAAAUAACAAUAAACAAUCAAUAAACAAUAAUUUUCAAAGCACCACCAACAACAAUCGACAAAAUAGCGGUAGUAACAACAGAUACACAACAGCUAGCCCGAACUACAACAUUAAUAACAAAAAUCAAAACAACAAUAACUACGGAGUGGUAACCAGCAACAAUAAUAGGUAUAGUGGCAGUGAAAUUGUAUACACAACAGAAAGACCAAACUUCGGAAUUAACAACUUCAACAACAAUAACAAUGGAGGAGUAAUAAACUACAACAAUCAACGUGGUAGUGAUAAUAGACAAACAACAGAAAUUAAUAGGUACGAAUCGAACAUCAACAAUCAAAAUAACAACAGGUAUCCGAAUCAACAAAAUAAUCGAGACGAUUACAAUUAUAACGUACAAAAUAACAGCGGCGCUGAUAACAAAAGAUACAACACACCGAGACCUGGUUACAAUCAACAAACUUAUAACAACAACUAUAGUCCGUCAAGAAACGAUUACAACAAUUACAACAACAAUUAUCAACCUUACGGCAACCAACAAUAUUUCAACAGUCAACCAUUGUGGUGGACGUAA